AACCAAUUGUAAGCAGUCUACACUGCAUCAUUCCUUUCUGAUUAGUACCUGGACUCUACUAGGUUAGAUAGUUGACCUGAAGCGUGGCCUAAUAUGUAUGUACAAAUACCUACCUAGUAUUUUUGGGUGUCUGGGGUCUUGGAGAUAACAUAUGAAAUGCUAUAGGGCAUAUAGGUUGGUAGUAGAUAGAGAAACAUACACCAUAAGUGUCCUAGUUGACCCCGCACUGCUUGUGAUGAUAACGACGAGGCGAUCUCGGGUCUUGAUAGGAAAAUGUAACUGUAUUAUACACCGUGGUAGUACGUGCUGCUUCUUAAAGUUAAUGGCAGUUUCAACAAUCAACCUACCAUUUCAAAUAAUCUGGAAAAAUUCAUAUCGUAGGAAAUCUAUUAAAGAUGGCGAUCCCCAAGCAGGAUUCAAUUCCAACAGUAGACUUCAGCUCAUGGUCGCAGGGAUCGACUGACGAUAAGAAACGUAUUGCUCGAGAAGUCACCGAGGCAUGCCGUCGGGUAGGCUUCGUGUAUAUUAUCAACCAUGGCGUCCCCGAUAUCUUACUUGAAGAAGCGUUUAGUUGGUCCAAGAAGCUCUUUGAUUUACCUUUGGAAACAAAGAUGCUAGCUCCUCAUCCACCAGGUCCUAAUGUUCAUCGCGGUUACUCCUGGCCUGGGUUGGAGAAGGUUACGCAGGAUAUCAUCAAAGAUGGCGAUGAAGCUAAAGCGGCAGAAAACCGAAAAGUCGCGGACGUCAAGGAGAGUUACGAAAUCGGGAGCGAGGAUUGUGAACUGCAACCAAAUAUCUGGUUGCCCGAGGAUGUUAUUCCUGGCUUCCAUGAUUUCAUGCAGCGGUUCUAUUGGAAGUGCUUCGCUGCGGCAAGAGAAUUGUUGCGCGCUUUGGCGAUUGGUGUCGGUCUGGACGACGAAGACUUUUUCUUACACUUUCAUAGCGGCGAGAAUAAUCAGUUGCGACUUCUCCAUUACCCACCAGUCGAAGCGACGAAGCUGUCUAGCAAUGCAAUCGCUCGGAUGCCUGCCCAUUCAGACUGGGGCACAAUCACCAUGCUGUUCCAAGACGAGUGUGGAGGUCUGCAGGUAGAGCAUCCAAGUGAGCCAGGUCAUUUUGUUGAUGCUACGCCGAUGAAGAACGCGAUGGUUAUGAACGUAGGCGACCUGUUGAUGAGAUGGAGCAACGAUUUCCUUAAGUCGACACUUCAUCGAGUUACUGCUCCACUAGCUCAAGACAAGACUCCGAUGGAUGAAAAGGUAAUGACUAGGCCGCGAUAUUCGAUUCCAUAUUUCGUUUCUCCAGAUCCGAAGACUGUCAUUGAGUGUUUAUCCGUUUGCACGGAUGAGAAGAGGCCUAUCAAGUAUGAACCGGUCGUCCAAGAAGAAUAUAGACGAAUGAGAGCACGGGGACAGUACGUGGAGACACCGGCUUCUUAGGCGACUACCGUAAAUACACUUAACUUAGUGAGUUUACAAUCCGGAGAUGAUUUAAUUCGAAGAAUUGAAGAGUUCAAAUGUUCGGACGGUCGGCA